AUGUCUCGAAUUGUGACUGCUUUCAAAAGAACCGCUGUGGAAUAUUUUCGAAAAACAAGUCUCAACGGUUUCGGUCUGCUUUACUUUAUCAGAAAACGCCGAGUUCAGAGAAUCUUCUGGUUUUUGUUUAUUAGUUUUGGCAUAGUUUUGGCUGGUUAUGCCGUGUUCGAAAUGAUUCUGGAAUUUCUCAGCUACUCAACUGUUACAGAUCUCUCGGAAUUAAAAGUAGCGGAAGAUGAAAUGUAUUUGCCCGAGUUAAGAAUAUGCAGUGGCUAUAGGUUUAGUGGCAGAAAAAUUGCAAACUAUGUACAGAAUAUAGAUAAUGGCAAUAAUAAAUCCAAGGAAUAUUUGUUAAAGGAAUUGUCAUUGCUUUCUGGUUAUUUUGAUUCUUUGUCUGUUGACUCAGAGGAGGUUUCUCAAUAUAAUUUACUGGAUAUAAAAAAUAUUACCUCUCUUUUGAUAAAUUUAUCACCCGCCUGCGAAACGUUAAUAAUAAAAUGUAAACUUCAAAAAAUCUCUGCCAAUUGUUCAGAGUUAUUUAUAUUAAAAGCUACUAAUCAAGGCAAUUGUUGUGUUUUAAAUAAGGCAAAUAUCACGGGAGAACUUUCCCUUUUUCUAGAUUCCUCACAAGAAGAUGCAUAUCCCUUAAACGAUAAUUUCCCUGGCUUUAGUUUACAUAUACCAAGUUGGCUGGGUAGAAUAAGCAUUAACCCUGGUGAAAUGGCAGCUGUACAAGUAGAAGUUAUGGAACUUCAGGGAAAUCCUCAAUUAAGAGCGUAUGCUAUAGAAAAGCGAGGUUGUUAUUUUUCUCAAGAGGGCGAAAGUAGGGAAAAGUGCCUUAACGAGUGUAGAAUAAAAGCCACCUUAAUUAAUUGCCAGUGUGUGCCAUAUCCGUUUGGGUUGAGCGAGGAAAACUUUAAACUGCAUUGUACUCUGGAGAAUAUAAAUUGUUUGCAGUUGGUGGAGAAAAACUGGUCACCAGCUCAGUGUCCGCAAUGUUUGCCGAUGUGCAACCAAUUGUUUUAUAGACUUAAGAAACAAGUCAUAGACAAUUUGCAUCCUUGGAGAAGUGAAUUGAAUGUUAAAUUAAAAACACCACAUCGCCAGCUGUACAAAACUAAUAUACUCUAUCAUUGGUAUCAAGUGCUUUCAAACAUUGGUGGUGUUCUGGGCAUUUGCAUUGGCUGCUCUCUCAUCAGUUUCUUGGAGCUGAUCUAUUUUAUGGUCUUUCGCCUAUGGUCCAACUAUCUUCGGUAGCCAGAGAUUUAA